ACAAAGGCAGGCCCAGCAGGCCUGGAACUGCUCCUUCAGGAGAGAGAUUUGCAGGCUAUUGGUCCCUGCAUACUGCUGAGAAAAUCUUCUAAAGGGAAGGCCUAGACCUCCGGAUGCAGUCGCUGACAAAGGACACAGGCAUGAGUGUGGCCUCUGUGACACUUGCCAGUGCCCUGCAGGUCAGGGGUGAAGCUCUGUCUGAAGAGGAAAUCUGGUCCCUUUUGUCACUGGCUGCAGAGCGGCUCCUGGAAGACCUACGUAAUGAUUCCUCCGACUACGUGGUCUGCCCCUGGUCACUCCUACUUUCUGCAACUGGAAGUCUUUCUUUCCAAGACCACGUUUCUCACAUAGAGGCUGCACCCUUCAAAGCUCCUGAACUGCUACGGGGACCUAGUGAGGAUGAGCAGCCUGAUACAUCACGGACGCAUGUGUAUUCCUUAGGGACAACUCUCUAUUGGUCAGCGGGAUUUUGUGUUCCACCAAACCAGCCCUUGAAGCUUCAAGAACCUGUGCACUCCCUCCUGCUGGCCAUGUGUGAAGACCAGCCUCAGAGACGGCGGCCACUGCAGGCAGUUCUGGAGGCCUGCCGGAUUCAUCAGGAAGAAGUGGCUGUGUACCCAGCCCCUGCCAGUCUCCAUGUCAGUCGGCUGGUGGGUUUGGUGCUGGGCACCAUCUCCGAGGUGGAGAGGAGAGUUGUGGAGGAAAGUACACAUGAGUGGCAGAGCAGAAGUUGCUUUCUCAGGAGCAGGCUUCAGCGGGCUGGCAGCGAAAGCCCUGGAGCUCGGGCCUCUGAGGGUCUGCAGCCUCAGAGAGCCUUAACUUCUGAGGGUCCCAGCUUCACCAACAGAAGAGGCUAUGUAACCUCUCACGACGUGGGAGGUAACACGAGGUGGCGGACUGCAUCUGUCACAGGACUGAUGCAUCAUCAAGUGCCUCCCCUUUCCUCACUCCUGGCCAGUGCUUUCGCAGGAGCAGGUUCCUGUGACUGCGAGGAGGAUCUGCAGUGUGGCUCUGGGCCUAUGGUCCUGACAGAAGCAGAAAGCUCACAUCCAGCAACAUCUUCUCCAGGGAAUUUCCUGCAAAGAAAGGGAAAGUUCUCCAGACCGGAGUUCAUCCUGUUGGCUCGAGAGGCCCCAGUGACCCUACAUUUGCCUGGAUCCAUUGUGACCAAAAAAGAGAAAUCCUUCUUGGCUCUCAGAGACCUCUGUGUGGUCUUGUUGAACGGUCAGUGUCUGGAGGUGAAGUGUGACAUGGAAUCCACAGCAGGAUCUGUCUUCAGUGCUGUCAUGUCCUUUGUCAACCUUGGGGAGACCACCUACUUUGGCUUGGCUUAUGUGAAAGGUGAAGAGUUCUUUUUCCUGGACACAGACACCAGAUUGUGCAAAGUCGCUCCAGAAGGCUGGAAAGAGCAGCACCCAAAAGGUUCCAUGGACACCUUAACUCUCUUUCUGCGGAUAAAGUUCUUUGUCAGUCACUAUGGGCUGCUCCGGCACAGCCUGACAAGGCAUCAAUUUUACCUGCAGCUUCGGAAAGACAUUUUAGAAGACAGACUAUAUUGCAACGAUGAGACACUGCUGCAACUGGGGGUCCUUGCCCUGCAGGCUGAGUUUGGCAGUUAUCCUAAGGAGCAGGUGGAGGGUAAAGCGUACUUCCGAAUUCAAGAUUACAUCCCGGCAAGGCUUAUAGAGCGCAUGACAGCAAUCCGGGCCCAAGUAGAAGUCUCAGAGAUGCACCGGCUCAGUUCUGCGCCAUGGGGAGAGGAUGCUGAGCUAGAGUUCUUAGAGGUUGUUCAGCAACUUCCAGAAUAUGGAGUCCUAGUACACCGUGUUUUCCCAGAGAAGAAGAGGCCAGAGGGGGAACUGGCCUUGGGGGUCUGUGCCAAAGGCAUCAUGGUCUACAAAGUGAAAAGCAGCCGCAGGAUGAUGACAUUACAGUUUCCAUGGAGAGAAACUGGCAUGAUUUCAACCCAUAGAAAAAAGCUCAGCAUCACCAGCAGCGUCACUGGGAAAAAGUACACCUUUGUCACAGACUCAGCAAAUACCUGCAAAUACUUGCUGGACCUCUGCUCUGCCCAACAUCGGUUUCAUGCGCAGAUGGGCUCCGUGCAGCCACCUCAUCUUUUAACUGAUCAGGAUAACUUUGUACAAAUAGGCAACUUGAAUUCUGCCCACCAGACGCAGGCCAACCCUUUCACUUGGAUUCAGAAACUGCCAUGCUCAGAAAAUGAGUUGUGUGUACCCAGGUUGCAGAAGGCCACAGGAGGCCGACUGGGCACAUCCAUGGACAACAUGCACGGAAGCAAGGAGUCCAGGACACAGGGGAUCAGGAGCAGCCCUUAUACUGGCCGAGAACAGCUGGACCGCGUCGGUUUGAUCCCGAAGCCAGCUCAUCCUCUUUCUAGGACACCUGAUCAGAGCAUGUGCACAGGGCCACAGACUAGCAGGCAGAAGAGCUUUACGGAAGAACCCAACCAAGACAUUGUGUGUGUGACACUGAAGCGGGAUCCACGCCGUGGUUUUGGUUUUGUCAUUAACGAGGGAGAAGAUGGAGACCAAGCAGAACCUGGCAUUUUCAUAUCUUCCCUUAUACCUGGGGGACCAGCAGAAAAAGCUAAAAAGAUCAAACCAGGAGGGAAGAUACUAGCCUUGAAUCACAUCAGUCUGGAAGGCUUCACAUUCAACAUGGCUGUUAGAAUGAUCCAGAAUUCUCCUGACGACAUAGAGUUAAUCAUUUCCCAGUCAAAAGGUGUUUGUGGAAAUAUCUCCAGUGAAGAAAAGAGCAGCAUAGCAAGAUCUGGCAUGUUAUGUACAGGCAUCCUGAGCCAUGGACACAUGGGAAGACAGUCAACACACACAUAUGACCAGGACAGAAACGUCAGAGGACCGGAAAUGGCUCAGGUGCAGAGCUCACCACGCAGGCAGGGGCCUUCACCCUCCCCUCUAUCAUUAAAGAUGCUUAUCCUCUACCACAUGCGUGCUGCAAACCCAGGCCCAGGGCGGCCCCAGUGUCUGCUGUACCUACCGCAGGAACUCAGCUGCUGUUCACUGCUUUCUCUAAACACUGCCGAGAUCUUUGAAACAGGCCUGAACAGAAUGGCUGAACUACAAACGAUGGCUUAUUUGGUGACUGGGAAGUCCCAGAUCAAGGAGCCAUACCUGGUGAAGGGCACUGCCUCUUGUCCCCCAUCACCUCUAGGAACCAAAGCUGGUGAAAUCUACUUCGUGGAGCUGGUUAAGGAAGACGGGACGCUUGGAUUCAGUGUGACUGGUGGCAUUAAUACCAGCGUACCUCAUGGAGGAAUCUAUGUGAAAUCCAUCAUUCCUGGAGGCCCAGCUGCCAGGGAAGGGCAGAUCCUACAGGGUGACAGGCUUCUGCAGGUGGAUGGAGUGAGUCUGUGUGGCCUCACACACAAGCAGGCUGUGCAGUGCCUCAAGGGCCCUGGGCAGGUGGCACAGCUGGUCUUAGAGAGAAGAGGCCCCAGGGCUGCACCACAGUGUCCUGCAGCUGAAGGCAGGAUGGGAGACGAGCACAUGGCUGUUUCCCUGGUAACAGGAGGACCUGGCAGAGCUGCGAGCUGUGUCUCAGUGACAGAUGGUCCUAAGUUUGAGGUCAAGCUAAAGAAGAAUAGCUAUGGCUUGGGAUUCAGUUUCGUACAGAUGGAGAGAGGAAACCGCAGCCACCCGAAGAGCCACCUUGUAAGGAUUAAGACAGUCUUUCCUGGGCAGCCAGCUGAAGAGCACGGAGCCAUAGCAGCUGGAGACAUUAUCCUUGCAGUGAAUGGAAAGCCCACAGAAGGGCUCGCUUUCCAGGAUGUGCUCCAUUUAUUGCGAGGGGCUCCAGAGGAAGUGACGCUCCUCCUCUGCCGACCCCCUCCAGAGAUACUGCCUGAGAUGGAACAGGGGUGGCAGACCCAUGAACUAUCGGCAGACCAAAGAUUCACCAUGGUGACACGUACCGAAUCAGAUCAGAGCCCCAGCCUAGAUCAAGAGGAUACCUGGAGGGACAGUGCCUCCCUGGACACUGGAGAAGGCCUGAGUCCCAGGCCAGAGUCUUCCUACAAGGCUGUCGGAGACGUGAAAGGGGACCAAGACAGACAGAGACAGACAGACAGACAGAACAGGUCCUUGAUGCAUCCUAUGGAGUCCCAUCCUCAUUUGUGUAAACUGCACCCAGAACCGGAGGCACCAGCAUUGGCUACCUCUUUGGAAAAGGAUAUGAGACAAAACUGCUAUUCUCUGUGUGAUAUCAGGAGACUGGGAAGUCCUGAGCUGGGCAGAGAUGAUGCUGAAGGUGACGCACACUUCCUUCCUGAAACCUCUUCUCUCACCUUGGACUAUGAAGAAUACUUGACCGUCACCUCCACCUCCUCAGGCCAGCUGCCCUGUGAAGAAUGUCUCGAGGCAGAUUCAGAGACCAUUCCCUUGCCGCAGUUCUGUUCUUGGGGUGCCUUCCUAGAGUCUUCGCCUCUAGAAGGUCCCCAUGGGAGUGAGAGUGACUGGGAGGACCUGGAGGAGCCCGUGGGUAGGGAUGACGGUAUCUUCAGAGCCUGGCCUGUGAGCGGGAACUUAACUGCGGGACCCACAGUGGGCGCUGAAGUUCCUCGGAAGACCAGCAGGGGGAAGCACUGCCCGCUCCGAACAACAGGCUCACCCUGGCCCAGGAUAAGACGGCAGUGCGCAGGCUCGUGGGAGUCUCCAGGCCACAAGUCGAGGCUCUGGCGCGAACCUCCUGGUGAGGCGGUUGGGGCCGUGGGCCGACAGGCCCAGAUCCAGAACCAGUAA